AUGGCAACUUUUGAUGACAUCCUGGAACAGAUCGGACAAUUUGAUUUAUUUCAAAAGCAGUUAUUUUUCAUCAUGUGUUUUAUUUCUGCAGUUUUUAGCCCCAUCUAUGUGGGUAUUGUUUUUCUAGGUCUUGUGCCUGAAUUCAGGUGCGCAAACCCAGGGGCUGAGGAUUUACGAAGCAAAUGUGGAUGGAGUUUGGAAGAACAACUGAAUUAUACAGUCCCGGGGCUUUAUGACUCAACAGAUCAGUUGUAUAUGAGCCAGUGUUUUCAAUAUGAUGUAGACUGGAACAGAACUUCUCUGAGUUGUCUAAAUCCAUUGAUAAAUAUUUCUGAUUCUGGUGAAAGCAGAGAGCCCAUUAUAAGCUGUAGAGAUGGAUGGGUUUAUAACACUACAGGAGUAUCAAUUGUAACAGAGUUUAAUCUUGUAUGUGCCGACUCAUGGAAGCUGGAUUUGUUCCAGUCAUGUGUGAACCUUGGAUUCUUUCUUGGCUCCUUAUUCAUUGGAUAUAUUGCAGACAGAUUUGGCCGUAAACCAUGUCUCCUAAUUUCUCUCUUGAUCACAGCUGUGUUUGGUGUUCUGGUGGCUUUUGCUCCAACAUACCCUUGGGUGGUUUUCUUUCGCUUUGUUCAGGGAUUAGUUAGCAAGGGAAGUUGGCUAUCAGGCUAUAUUCUAGUUGCAGAAUUUGUUGGCUCAGAUCAUCGGAGGACAGUUGGCAUUGUAUACCAAGUUGCCUUCACAGUUGGACUUCUGGUACUUUCAGGAGUAGCUUAUGGUGUUACUAACUGGAGAUGGCUGCAGCUCAUAGUCACAUUGCCAAAUUUUGUGUUCUUGACUUAUUAUUGGUGUGUCCCAGAAUCACCUCGAUGGCUAAUUUCGCAAAACAGAAAAGCAGAAGCCAAAGUGAUUAUCCAGUCUAUUGCCAAGAAAAAUAAAAAGCCAAUACCAGAGACUUUAGAGGGUCUAACAGCAGAUGAAGAUUAUGGUGAAAAGCAAGUUCCAUCUUUUUUAGACUUGGUGAGGACACCUCAGAUCAGGAAGCACACGUUUAUUCUAAUGUACACGUGGUUUGCAUGCGCUGUACUAUACCAGGGAUUAAUUAUGCACAUGGGAAGUACUGGUGACAACAUUUACCUUGACUUUUUCAUUUCUGCCAUGGUUGAAUUUCCUGCAGCGUUUAUAAUUAUAGUUACAGUUGAUCGAAUUGGGCGCCGUUACCCAUGGGCUGUGGGAUGUUUAGUAGCUGGAUUUGCCUGUAUAAUUACUGCAUUCAUCCCAGAUGGACUAAAUUGGCUUAGAGUAACAUUAUCAUGUGUGAGCAGAAUGGGAAUCACUCUUUCUUAUGAAAUGGUUUGUUUGGUGAAUGCUGAGCUGUAUCCAACUUAUAUAAGAAAUCUGGGUAUAAUGGUUUGUUCAUCAAUGUGUGAUCUUGGAGGAAUCAUAACUCCAUUUAUUGUUUAUCGACUAGCAGAUAUCUGGAAAGAUCUUCCACUGAUAGUAUUUGCUGUUCUUGGAAUAUUAUCAGGCAUAUUAGUAUUGUUGCUGCCGGAAACCAAAGGAAAGAUGCUUCCAGAGACUAUUGAAGAAGUGGAACAUUUACAUAAGUAA